GCUAUGCAAUGCAUUCAUGAUAUGAUUACAAUUUGUUAGUAUUUUCUAUGACAAUGACUUUUAUUUGUUUUUGAUGUUAAAUACUUCCAUUAUUGAAAAAAAACGAAGAAAAAUCCGCAUUGCAGUAUCACAUUAAGAUUUUUUUUGUUUUAGGACAUCAAGGAAAAUAUAGGAACUAAACUUUGCUGUAAAUCAUCAUUCUGAGCCCUGACCGAACAUGUCGAUGCAAAACAACCGCUCUUCCAAAACCGCCGAGCUGGAGGGGGCGGUGCGCGCCGCCAUAGACCUGAUGCGCUCCACCAUGUCGCGGGUAGCGGUGGCCGUGUCACACGAGGACCCGCGCCGCGCCGAGCUGCAGGUGCUGGAGGAGGCCAUGAAGCUGCUGGUGAACCAGUCGGAGAGCCUGGCCACCACGUACCUGGGCGAGCCCCUGCGCUCCCUUGACGAGCUGGACCCGCGCUACCGCCAGCCGGACCCCAAGCUGCUGCAGCGCAUCAAGGCGCAGUAUCUGACGCGCCAGGUCAAGGACACCUUGGUGGUGCAGAUGCAGGAAGAGUUGAAGGAGUUGAAGCGCCGACUCGCCACCUUCGAGGAGGGCGACCACACCCUGGUGGAGCUGGAGCGGGCGGAGCGCGAGAAGCUGGCAGCGCAGGUGCAGCGAAUGGAGGAGGAGGUGGUAGCGCACAAGGAGUACUCGGCACUGGUGCACCGCGACCUGGCGCGCAACUCCGCCGAGUUCCGUCGCUUCGUGUCGCGGCUGGAACACGCGCUCAGCACGCUGGAGGACAACUUCGAGGACCUGGAGGAGCGCACCAAGGACUGGGCCAUCUACUGCACGUACGAGAUCUUCCUGAAGGAGUGCCAGCACAUCUUCGACGAGGCGAUCGCGAGCAUGGGGUGCGCCACGACGGGGGUGAUGCGGCGCUCGGCGGCGCUGCAGAAGGCGGUGCGCGACGGCAUGAACGUGGCGUCGGUGUCGCUGCUGCUGCACCUGCACGGCCGGGUGACGGGCGAGGACGUGUGCGGCCCGGAGACCGAGGUGGUGGACCUGGAGGCGCGCAUCGGCGACCUGGAGCGCAAGAUCCUGCUGCACCACGACGCGCUCAAGCUGCAGACGGAGAACCUGCGCGCGGGGCUGGGCGAGGCCAAGAAGCGCAACGACGUGCUCAAGGACAGCCUGCAGGUGUGCCAGAAGCACAACAAGGAGCUGCAGGACAUGCUGGACGAGCGCGAGAAGCGCGGCGUUCUGGACGAGGUGCCGUCCAAGGACUGCUGAGCGGGGUACUGCCUCCCGGUGUCCGCCGCUCCACUCGCGCCCAGGACUAGUGUACCAACAAUCAGUCAGAGGCUAAACCAAGCAGAGAGAAUUGGACAAUGGGAAAUGUUACAACCAGACAUUAUUGGAUCUUCCAUCACAUAAAUGUAUAUCUUUGUUUUCAAAUCCAAAUUAAAACGUUACUUUGCCGCAAUUUGGAAAUAUAUAUAUUUUUGUAAAUUA